AUGUCUCUUACUGGAAAAGUUGCCAUCAUCACCGGUGGCUCCAAAGGCAUCGGGAAGGCCGCUGCGCUACGCCUGGCCCAGGAAGGGGCCAGUGUAGCCAUCGGCUAUCACAGUGAUGCCUCGGGGGCUCAUGAGGUGGUUGAGAAAGUCGGCGCUGACCGUGCCAUCGCCGUCCAACUCAAUGCGGGAAAAGUGGCCGAGAUCUCGCAAUUCGUGGACCAGACGGUUGAAAAGUUCGGAAAGAUCGAUCUGGUGAUUGCGGCAGCUGGAAAGAUGACAAUGAGCCCGGUUGAAGCCCUGACGGAAGAUGUCUUUGACUCGUUGUUCGAGUUAAAUGUCAAAGGGCCGAUGUUCCUCGUCCAGAAAGCCGUGCCUCACAUGGCUCCUGGAUCCCAUGUCGUCCUCUUCUCUACAACUCUGUGCGCGGCCUCGAUGGUGGCUCCCCCUUAUGUCAGCUAUGUUGCUAGCAAGGGAGCUAUCGAGCAAAUGACCCGAGUGCUCUCCAAGGACCUAGGAAGAAAAGGCAUUGCCGUGAACUGUAUUGCGCCCGGCCCUACAGCAACCGAGCUGUUCAAUCGAGUGCAGACGGAACAGACCCUCGCCUUCCUGCGAAGUGCCAAUCCCAAUGGGAGGAUUGGAGAGCCGGAGGAUAUUGCGGGCAGUAUCGUGUUUCUGUGUAGCAGCGAUAGUCGCUGGGUGAUGGGACAGACCCUCCGCGUCAAUGGAGGAAUGGCUUGA